AUGCUAAUUUAUGAGUAUCUUAAGGAUAAAGUUAAGGCCAAUAAGGAUGAUACCCUUGUGGAGAGUGCCCAUAUCUCUAAGGAUGACGACAGUUCUGAGUCUAAUAAGGAUUCUACCAAUCCUCCCCCUAAAAAGAAAUCGAGGGUUAGUAAGAAAGUUGAACAAGAUGCUGAAGAGAUGACUGAUCCUAAGCAGGAGCAGGAGAAGGAGGUCGAGAAGGAGGUGAGGCAUGAGCAGGAGAAGGAGGUGGAGGGUGAGAAAGGAGACAAGGAUAACGAGAAGGGUAAAGAGGAUUUUGAUGAGUCAGAGGAGAAGGAGAUUCCCUAUGAUAUGGACAAUAGGGAUGAGGUUCAAAAUAAUAUAGAGGAGGGCAACCCUAGGCCUGAGGAUUCUUCCCAGGACAUGGAGGAUGUGGAUACUAUUCUAAAUGUUGUUAGAAAUAGCUCUCUGGAAAUGUUCUAUCUCUAUCCAGCAUUCUUCCAGUCGCAGAACUAG